CAAGUACCAGUUAUGGUCCAGCUCAGCAAUGACACGAGUGAAGCUGACAUAAAGCUGCAUUUCUACGACCUGACGACAGGAGAGCAAUAUCUUAUCGCGGUUAUACUGACGAUACUCUUUUUUAUGGGAAUUGUGGGGAACUCUGGUAUUCUUUACGUCAUCAGAGGAUUCAAACCAUCACACCAAUACAAGCCAGGACGACUGCUGCUUAUCUGGAUGUUUGGAACUGACUUAGCCCUGACUAUUAUCAUGGUUCUACCUGCCACUCUCACUUCGUUCGGAUGGAGUGGUCUACCAUCAGAGUCCCUACCCUGCACAUUAUUUGGGUACACUGAAACAGUUUUUGCAGCACUAGAAAACCUGAUAAUCUUAGUGAUGAGCCUGGAACGAUCCUUUACAAUAUACUUUCCUUUGAGGACGAUACUAAAUGUUCGGAGAACAAACGUAAGUGCCUUGGUGUGUAUUCUAGCAUCAAUCUUACUAGCAACGGUAAACAUCCUCAUCAGCAAGUUUACCUACAACCCGGACGCUUUACGCUGCUUAGCUGACUUCUACCCGGAGGAGAGGAAGAUACAACUCUUCAUUGCUGGAUCGACCAUGCUCUUUGUAUUUGUGCCCAUGUUGAGCACCAUCCUGGUGUAUGUUCUUAUCAUACGGAUUGUGUGUAAAAGCAACGAGUUUGGACACUCGAGAACAUCUUGGCAAGCCAUCAAAACCACACUAUUAGUAGUGGGAAUAUAUCUGCUUUCUGCUCUGCCGUUCAUUGUGGCGCGUCUUUACGUGCUAGCAACCACAUCUGAACUACCUCUUAGAUUCAGGAUGUUUUCAACCGUGAUAUUUAUGGUCAACACGGCUGUUAACCCUUAUGUCUACAUAGUGACCAACCGAUCCUUGCGGAACCACGGCAAACAAACACUAGCUAAGUCAAAACAUCCGUCUAACGUACUGGAAGGAUCAUCACUCACGAUAGACGGACAAUCUAAUAAAGCCUGGUCUUUAACUCGAGCUAUUAAGAACGCUAACACCCUCACCAGACAGAACGGAGUUCCGAAAUCUCCAACUAAAAAUAGGGUCGUUUUAAGAAGCAUGACCUCAACAGGUUCACGGACUUCAAGCAAUGUUAACUCUCUGAUCAGUGACAUUAGAACACCUAGUCCCAGACUUGAUACGAUAGAAGAUGUUUUAGAUGGGCCAAGUGAGAUGUUUCAUAAUGAUAAUGCGAUUGAUGUCAUCCCUACUUGCGGUGAUCAAGUUGAAGAUAGAGCUGAUAGCACUGAGCAUUGCCUUGCAGUGCCUUCGACAGUGGUUCUUGUUAGUGAUAAGCAUUAGAGGAGAACUGACUAAGAAUUGUUAAAACGUGCAAUUAACUGUCACGUGAUAAACAGAAUGGUAAGAUUAUGGUAUGCUAGAUUGUAUACAAGUUCUCUCCCACUUAUAAGAUGAUGUUUUAGCUUCCAUCCAAAUCAAGUAUUUUUGUAUCGUAUCAUAUAUAACCUUGUUGGCGAUUCCACUAUGACAGAUUUUAUAUUCUAUGUUUUGUAAACAGGAGCAAACUGACCUUUAAUUGUGCUUAUUGUGCUUAUAUCAAAGGAAGGCACUAUCUAAAGGAUGUUGUGUUAUUCAGUAAAUGAAAAUAAGCUACAGUUUAGUCGGUAAGACAAAAAUUUGAAUGAUAAAUUAAUUAUUUUUCAGACGUAUUACACUUACAUAUAGAAAGAUAACAAAUAGACAGUGAUGGAUAUUGAAUAAUAUGUUAAAUAAAAUAUAUUUAAAUAUAAUCAAAAUACUGACUACUUUGGAAAAGCAUUUAUUGGCUGUGUGAAGCUAACUUCACAGGUCACAAUCAUACUCACGAGAAGCUAAACUUCUCAACCAUAACUCAAAUUGAACAGUCUGUCAUU